UUUUGGCGGGCGGUUGGCGUUGCGCAGAAGCGGCGGCGGUGGCAGCAGUGGCUUGUGGUUCAGUCUCGCUACAGAGGAAGAGGAGACACGUUAGCGUGAGUGGUCGCGCUCACUGACGGGAACCCGCUGGCUUAGUUCUUCAGGUGGGACAGUGAGACAUGGGAAAGAAAACCAAGCGGACAGCCGACAGUUCUUCUUCAGAGGAUGAGGAGGAGUAUGUCGUGGAGAAGGUGCUAGACAGGCGUGUGGUUAAGGGCCAAGUGGAAUAUCUUCUGAAGUGGAAAGGCUUUUCUGAGGAACACAAUACUUGGGAACCCGAGAAAAACCUUGAUUGCCCUGAACUAAUAUCUGAGUUUAUGAAAAAGUAUAAGAAGAUGAAGGAGGGUGAAAAUAACAAACCCAGGGAGAAGUCAGAAAGUAACAAGAGGAAAUCCAAUUUCUCAAACAAUACUGAUGAAAUCAAAUCAAAAAAAAAGAGAGAGAGCAAUGACAUCGCCCGGGGCUUUGAGAGAGGACUGGAGCCAGAGAAGAUCAUUGGGGCAACAGAUUCCUGUGGCGAUUUAAUGUUCCUAAUGAAAUGGAAAGACACAGAUGAAGCUGACCUGGUUCUUGCCAAAGAAGCUAAUGUGAAAUGCCCACAGAUAGUGAUAGCGUUUUAUGAAGAGAGACUGACGUGGCACGCAUACCCCGAGGAUGCGGAAAACAAAGAGAAAGAAACCGCAAGGAGCUAAAGGAAGGGGGGUGGUCUCUGACAUUUCUCUUUGUAUAUAAUACACUCACCUCCCUGCCUCUUCUCCCUUCUCCCACCCCUCUUAUCCUGAACACAUCCAUAAAAAAUGUGCUUAUCACUGUGCUCCACAGGAGAAAUGUCGGUAUUGGUUCUCUUGUAACAUACCUGAUAGUCUGUUUCAUGAUAAGUGUCUCUGUGAAGACCAGGCAUUUGCAUACUGUGUGUAAUUCCCGAUCUUUUCCUUGGCCCAGAUCGCUUCCUUCUGCUCUCCUGUGACCUCAAGAUAAGUUUUAACUUUUUUAAUCACCUUAGAAUUGGCCACUUUUAGAUAGGGGGAUUUUGUUACAAGGAUGAUGAGUUUCGGUUUCUUGCUUUGGAUGUAGAACACGUUUAUGACUGGCUGGCCUUUGUGUAGAGGUGGUGGGAUGGAAAGGACGCUGCCCAUCUUUUUAAAAAGCCAAAAGCAACUGCCUACCUUUAGGGGCUUUCCAGUCUCCUUCAACCCUACCCAGGAGAAUCCAGGGUUCCUGACGUGGUCUUCUGGGCCGCCCUCUGUUGUUCAUUCUCCCCUCACCUCCCAGACGUACCGCCCCUCGAGGACUGGGGGGAUGUGCAGUAGACUUUGCUGAGGCACUGCUGUGCUUCUGCUUCUGCAAAGGUGAUGUCAGUCUGCCAUGAGAUGGCAAGGUUAUUAACGGAGUUCGCUGCGGUCGACAAGAAAGCUGGGGUAGGAGUCGGAUGUACUUGUCUUUAGUAUCACAUAUGUUGUAGAUGUAUGCUUUCCUUCCAGCCCUCGUUUUUGGAAUAUAUAUGUGUGUCUGUAGGUUGGAGUGACUGCCUGGUGCUUGCUGGUGCCAAGGUGCUAGGCACCCUCUAACUCUGCCAACUUUGUGGCCUCCCACAGCAUUCCUUUUACCAAAGAGGCUUUAAACUGGACUCUUAGUCCUCAGUGGACCCGAAGUUGCCCCCUUGUGCCAUUCUGUUUAAUGGGGAUUUCUUGGAGGAGGAGCCCUUGACCACACAGUAUCAGUUUUCAAUACUCAUAGUGUUUGUCCCCCUCUUCGUUGACCCCUGUCUGUGCUACCCGGAGUCCCCAUGGUGUGAAUGGUCUUCCUUUCUUCGGUUGGACCUCACUCUUUAUUUCACAUGCACCGCCAUGGAAGACAACCACCUCAGCACGUGACAGGCCCAACCGUCUUUCCCUUCUCCACAAAAGACUUCCUUUUUAAGAUUUCUCUUGCCACUAUAAUGAAGUUAUUUUCUGAGCAGACCCUUCUACUUGUGUUGCCCUCCUCCGCCAUGAAACAGCCUCCUUUGCUGUACCUUUCUUGUAGGCGAAGAGGGCUAGCGCAUCAGAACUAUAAGUCAAGAUGUAGUAGGAUUUUGAGCAUCUGUGUCCCAGCCCCAAGGCUGAGGAAAUAAAAAUGAAUGCUUGCAAUAGCCUUAACUCUAGAGUGCACCAGCCACUACGGCUGGUUUUGUUGUUGCAUUUGAUUUUUAAAACAUAACUGGCCAGGAGCGUUCAACCAUUUCCGGAUUAUUCAGAGUAAUGAGGGGAAUGGAUGGAUUGCUACAGUCCACAGAUGAGCCAAAUAAUAUGCAAAUCAUAAUCCCAUUCAUAGCAUUUGUUAACAUUGUUUUCCUGCUCGGCUGCUGGUUGAAUUCUGUAUGCUGUAUGAAUUGUCAGAAAUUGUACUGCACAGAUCAGACAGCUGUUGCUGUGGCGAUGGGACAGCCGGGAUGGCAGGGCUUUGGGUUUGCGGUAUCUCAGGAAGUCUUUUUAUGGUGGUUUGACUGGGUGAGAGCUCCUAGCCCAUGGGGUGGGGAGGUGGGGUUUCUCUUCGUCUUCCUUUUCUUCUUGAAAGGACUCAAGCCUAACUCAAGUGCUGGAUAAUUGACAGUUGUUAGAGUUGAUCUGAUAAGGCAUCUUUUAAAAAAGGAGGGAAGCAGGCUCAGCAUAUGCGCAACCAAGGGUAUCGAUUAGGGUAGAUGAGACAAAGACAAAAGUAGGCCAGAGCUCUGAGGAGGGGAUCUGAGCUACUCGGUUUGCAGUUAGAGACAAUGGCAGUCUAUCCGUGGAGGCAUUGUGUACCUCCCAGUAGCGGUGGCUUAUGGGCUGCAAUGACCGUAUUUUUCACACCCAGCCCUGGCACGUACAGGAAAAACCGCAAUCUUGGGGCCCGAGAUCAGUCCAGGGAAGUCUGGGGCAUAUGGACUGCCAUGGCUCUGGGUAAUACAGAACCCGGUUUUCUUUAGCAAAAUCAUGCUGUGUCAUCAUCUACUCAUCACCCACUGCUCUGACACCUUCCUCUUAACUCCGUCUUCUUCCUGCCCUUGGCUUGUUGAAUCAUGGCCUUGUACUGAGUGUCUCCAAGCAACUUUGGUUCUCUCCAUGUCUUCUCCCAACCGGCCCUGUGGGACUGCAGAGCCAGAGGCCACUGCUGACGGCAGCCCUCAGCAGAUGGAUGUGUGCCCGUGCCUCUGGCAUUUGUUCCUGUGCUGCUCCUUCAGCACGCAGAAGUCUAGAUGAGCCUUCGCCUCUUAGCCGGGUCCACUUUCUGGACCUCUUGCAUCGCUUGGGCAGACAGCUUGCUGCCUUUAAUGCUGUGUGGGAGCCGCUCUUAUACCCAAGCCAAGUGUAGGACCUUGGGUAAAAAGGUGUGGGGGGGUUUCUGUCUGUUCGUUUUGUUGGCUUGACCCAACUCCCCUAAGUACAUUAAGGACCUGGUGUUGGCCUGAGAAGUGGUUGCUCCUCUGCCUGGUAGGGUUGGAAGUUGAGUGCCUACAAUGCCACUUUGCCAUGGCAGGAGGACUCGAGGAGGGAUUAGAUGAUGGGAUUGUAAAUGGAGAAAAUGUUUUCCUGAAAUCAGCUCGAGAGGAAAGUUCACAAUUACGCCCUCAUCCCUUUGGUUUGGAUCUGUUAGAGGAGAAAUUAGAGUGAUAAUUUAUUAUCUGACCUGCUGGCAUACCUGUGGCAAUGCAAAGAAAGGAAGGGUUCAUCCUCAGUGUAUUCCAUUUCCUGAGACCCUAACCCACUAAUCAUAAAAAUUGUAUUUAUAAAAAUAGAUAGGUUGCCAGUUUUCAUACCCAACCCCCCGGGCUUAUGUUUUCAUUUAGGCAUGUUCUGCACCUCUACCCCCCUAUAGUGGAAGAGCUGCACGGAACUGGCCAAGGUGUGCUAUAUUAGUUUAUAUCAGCGUUCAUUUCUUCAAUCAAGUAUAUUUUGGCUCCAGUGGAGUGCCAAAGUCUAAAAAGACACAUCACCCCUUCCCUUUCCCAAGAACGGUUUGCUAGCUGGGGAUGAGCCGACUGAGAGCAGUUCAGUCUGAUGGGUGCUGCACAUGGGCCCCCUCUGAUGCGAGAGAGCAGAGACAACUAACGCCUGAUGCCACCAGAGAGGCUUGUUACUGGUUCAUUGGGGGGAAGGAAGGCUUGUGACCUUCGAUGAACUAACUGGUCAGAGACCAGAGCAAGGGUUUAUUUAUUAUGUUCCAGGAAAUUAAGAUAAAGGGCUAGUUUGAAAUGCUCUUAUUACUGAUACAAGAACAAAGGGGGUCAGGGGGGCUGUGAGAACUUCUGAUUGCUGCGCUUGUCUUAGAUGCCUUGCCAAAGUAGCUAAUGAUACGGUUAAUGCUUGUGGAGAGUGUUCGUUUUGCAGAUCCAGUGGAGUACAUUAUUGUGGGUUCUGUAUUGGUUGCUUUUUAUUAGACUUCUCAUCUGUUUUUGGAGAAAUUAACACGAGGCCGGCUUUAAGUCCAAAAACAGGGACAUACUUUUCAAUGGCAAAAUUGAUUAAAACGGUCAUUUGGGCACAUCCCUUAACUUAAAGCUGAAGGUUUUUCCUGCUCAGAUGUCCUAAGAGGAAAGUCCGUGGUGCUGACACGGGGGACCACAGGAGAGCCAUCUCUGCCUGAAUGAAUAGAACACUAAGUUUGGAGAUCAGAGCCUCAGAUGAGCGCUUCUGGAAAGUAUUAAGCUUCUUCGGACAGCUUCAUGAAAAAGGCAAAACAUUUCUAGUUUCUCUUUGUGCUGUUUCUUGAAUUUUAUUCUACCUCAUCUUGUCUGUUUAGGUUGCUCCAACUUCUGUCUUUGUCAUUUUAACAUCAUGCUUGACUUUGGGGGGUUGCUAAGAGGGCAUGUUCCCCAUCUGUGGCAGCAUGUUCUCUUGCGUUGAUCCUCCUUCCACCUAACACCAUCUCACAUUGCUCCUCUGUCAGAAAUGCUUCGGGCCAUUAGAAAUGCAGGUGUGUGGGAAGAAAGUGCUCCUCCAACGCUUCCUGUCUUGGAGGUCAGUCUGAGAAGGGGUUAAAACAAGGUGGUGAGGGCGGAGAUGAUCGGCAUCAAAGGAACCUGCACUGGAGGCAGCCUACAAGGGAAGAGCCAUUAAUUAAGACAAUUUCAAAGUCAACUGAUUGUGAUCAUUAAUGUCACAAUAGAUCAAAACCUAAUUAUCACAGCCUAGGUAAGAGCCAUCAGUAUUAAUCGGAAAAUCUAAUAGGAAACUAUUAUCAAGAAAUUAGGCCAGAUUGAAUCCAAUGAACUUUUUAUCUUGUCAUUCUCUUUUUGUGUGAUGUCCCCUGGGAUUGGUGGGCGUGACCUAAGCAUUGAUUCAGCCCAAGUGGCCUAUUUAUCACACUUUUUAAGGAUUUUUGCCUACUCCAAACAGACUGCACCUGAACUGUCGUUGUCAUGUUAGCCAUCCGUCUUGAACUUUCUUAACCACCUGGGCUUGGUCAGUGUGAUGAGCAAAGGAAAUAUAUAUUGGGGUCUUGGGCUAUGUGGUCUUGCUGCGGCUGGAGCACCCGGGGUGCUGCUGUGUGUGUGCAUGCAUUGCUGAGCUUUGGCUUGUGUGGACACGGCAGGCAGGAGGAGGAGCUUCUUGCCUUCCUGGUGAAGACUCGGGAAGCUGUCAGUGUCACAAAGCUCAAGUCAGUGUGUUACAGUUAGGGCUUGAUUCUAAACUGUGUCUGGGGACGGCUGAGUUCCCCUUCCACCAUGGUUUCAGGAUAAGGGACGUAAUAAUUCCUACCAAGAGAAAUCCACAGCAGGGAGACCCGAGUUACUACUUCUUGUGUUUAAAAAAAAAGAAAUCUCUGGCAGGGGGAAAGAUAAUCACAAAUCUAAUUGUAGAGAGAGAUUGAUUCCCUCCCUCAUCAGAAAGCAGAGGUCACCAUUUAUAGCCUUUAUUUUUAGCUGACACUCUUGAACCUGGAGUUGAGGCAGAAAGGGGAGCAAUGCUUCUUGAAGGGUGUUAGGGGAUGGAUAGGAAGCAGCGGAAGGGUGUUUGCAGAUGGAGUGUGAAGCCCCUCGCUUACCCUGCAGAGAACGCUGCUGCAGCAGCAGCGGCCACUGCUGCCCUUUCCCACCACGCCUCCCCCGCACCGCCACCCAGGUCAUGGUUCUUUUUGGAGUCCAGCUUGAGGGGGUCUUGCUUCAUUUUAGAUUGUAGGAUUUGAGUUAUUCAGUACAGAACCUUUUCUUGAAAUGACAGCCCUUCACCUCUUAGGAGAGGUUUCAAAGAAUAUCUAGUAUAUGACUUUUUGAAAUAAAAGGGGAGGUCCCAUUAAGAGUGAAGGUAAGAUAUUUCUUUGCAAAAGAAUUCACAUCAUGGUUCCUGUGAUUAGAUAAUGUUUUUUAUGCUUAAAAUGUAAUGUUCUUUUUUUUAAUCCUUUAACAUAAGACUUUCAGAAGCAUUUUGUUUCUCCAAGGUUGUUCUCUUUGUACUAGUUGGGUAAUAAGCCCUCGGUUAAUAUUUGUGUGUGGAUUGAGUUCACAGAGUGAGAUGUAUUGACCAACUCGAUUCCUCUGCCCUCCUGGGCCCUCUGAGGAGGAAAAUGCUCUAGAAAGUGGAACGAGAAUUGAGCGGAUGCUGAUCGGGUCUGCCAACCUCCUCAACUGAUUCUUAAUGAUUGACCUUGGGCAAGUCACUCCUUUCGAUGCCUCAGUUCCCCAUCUGUCAAAUGGGGGUGAUAAUACUGACCUACCUCACAGGGGUGUUGUGAGGCAUUGCAAAUCAAAGCUGACGAAGUACUUCAGGGUCCUCAGCGGAGGAGGCCUGAGCCGAAGUCUAAGCCUCUCUCUCACCCAGGCUUCCGUCUCCACCGAGUGCGCCUGCACCCACUCGGUGAUCUUGGCAAGUUCUCUGCCCCCACCCCUCAUCAAAGCUGCUAGUCCAUACGUUGACAGUGUUUUCAUGAAUGUUGGAGUCUUCAUAGCCCAGGCUUACUUGGGAAGUUCUUUUGGGGGGGAGGCACUCCCGUGUUUCCAUGUCAUGCAUCCCAUCCACAGAGAGGGGCCGGUUCAGACCCCAGCACAUCCGAUGAGGGAAAUGUGGGACAGAUGGACUACUGGUUUCUCCUCUGCAGGUUAGGCAUUGAGGUGCCACUCUCGGGCCUCAAGCAGACACAGGCGAUCUCGGGGAGAGCGGUUCCCACUGGUUUUGAUUUGCAUCGUGUGGUCACUCCGUGAACUGAUGGCAGGAGAACUGGGGUCACUGUACACCUCUCUGUGGUAUCUGUACCGAGCCGCUGCCACCUCAUAGGAAACCAGCUACUUUUGUGAACGUAACCACCAAACACACACAUCCUCCAAAAAGAGCCACCUGAAAGUUGGGUUGCGUUUUUGUUUUUUCUUUCCCCCUAGAAAUAAAAGUUAGCACACCGCUUUGGGCAUUGGUGACCUUAAGAAAUCCCCCAGUCCAUUGUAUUCAGCAUCUGCCAUCUCUCUCGAUGUCUGAACCUGACCGUUUCUCCCUCUGGUUUCAGAAAACUUUGGACACAAUUUCUCUUACUUGUCCAGGUGUGGGCUGAAGAACCUUACUCUUUGGAUUGCAGUUCAGAGCCACAGCCAGCUCCUCUUCGCUGUAGGGCUCUUUCUCCUCUUUGGCCCUGGACUUACAGCCCAUGGAAAAAGCACAAGGCCCUGCUUGGUCCUUUGCUGCUGUCACAUUCCGGUUCUCUCGUUUGUGGACUGCACUCCCGCACCGGCUGUUCUGGACAGGAGGGAGGGCACAGCCCUGCCACUUCCCGCAGGAGGGGCUCGAGCCCCGUGGGGUUGUGCUCUCCCUCCCUCCCAUCCAGAGGAGCAAAUCAUCCUUUGUAGUCACAUUUCUAAAUGGGAAAACAGGUUCUCUGUGGACUUUUGGUUCGUGGGGGAGCUUAGGUUGUGUCUCUUGGUUUUAUUUCAGCCAAACAUGUCUGCUUUUGAUUUUUUUUAAAGGAUAAGUGAUAUAUAUAUAUAUAUUUGUUCACCUUUUAAAUGUUUGAAAGUAGGCAUUUAUGUAUUUCCACAACUGACAUCCAAUGCAAACCCCAAUCUCUACCCCUCCUUCACCUGCCUCUUCCCUCUUUUCAUACUCUGUAUCAGUUCUAAUAAAUGGUUGCUUUUCAAAUAUG